CGACCGUCUUCACUGAAAAGAGCUUCAAAAACGAGCGGCUUUAAUUUGUAAAAAAAAAAAUUUUAUUUGCCAUUGCGAUCAAAAAAUAACAUCACAGUAUGUCUACAGCUCAAGCAACUAAGAAUUGCAUUACAUUAAAGGGCUCAGCACAGAUAAUCGUCGAGUAUCUAAAGUAUGGCAUCAAUUCGAUAUUGUUCCAACGUGGCAUAUAUCCAGCGGAGAACUUUGACAACACACAGCAAUACGGGCUGACCAUUCUCAUGUCCAAGGAUCCAAAGAUCACCACCUUUUUGCAGAACGUUUUGGCACAAACUGAAGAAUGGCUGUCCAAGAAUAUGAUUAACAAAAUCUCGAUGGUCAUAACCAAUGCUCAUACCAAGGAAGUGCUCGAGUGUUGGGACUUUAAAAUGCAGGCCGAGUCUGGUGACGGGGAACAGGGUGAUCCUACCAAGCUGACAUCCUCCAAGCAACUGAGUCGCAUCCAGAACGAGAUUCGGGAUGUGAUGAGACAGAUAUCGGCUACCGUCAGCUAUUUACCGCUGCUCGACUGCAUUUGCACUUUUGAUGUAAUGAUUCAUACGCUACAAAAUACCGAAAUACCAGCACAGUGGGACGAAACUGGCGCUGUCUUCAUACAAAAUGCACAGGCCGUCCAAUUGCGUUCCUUUUCGACCGGAUUGCACAAGGUGGACACGGUGGUCAACUAUAAAAUGAGCUCCUAAGUGAUUAUAUAUAAUAUUUAUUCUGUUUGUAUUUACAUAAGUUUAACAAGUCACGUAUCUUUGCGAUUUUUCAUUAAAAACCAAAUUUUAAAACGCUAA